AAGCAAAACCAAAGUAUUUGUUGAUAUUUGUUUCACUUGAAAACACAAAAUCGAAUGUACAUAUAUUUCUUAUUUUAAUGGCUCUCAUUUACCAUGAUCGAACUAUUCGCAAUUCUUAUGAACUUGUAAUGGCUGCCUUAGGUGAAAUCUCACACGCUGCAACCAUUCAGGAGGUGGGACGCUUGGUGAGCAUCAAAACGGACUUUCCGGCUGCUGUUUGUCACAAAAUCAUUAAGGAGGCCCUGGAGGAGGGCUUAGUCAAUAAAACCAUUCGACAAAUUGGUGAACUCUAUUAUGCUGUGCCGCCAAAACCGCCCAAGUUGAAAUCCAAGCCCAGAGUCAAGGCAGAGCCGCAACCAAAACCGAAAGCAAAACGAAAUCCAAAGUGAACGACCAACAGCUGUGAUAAUUAAUUCAUAAUUCUGGCAGAGUAUCUGUGCAGAGUUGGAGCCUGAGAGGGCCACGAGUGCAAUGCAAACACUUUAUUAAAAUUAAAAUUUAUCUAAAUUGCAAUGGCAAGCCAUUUUGGCCGCAAAGUA